GAUCCACUAUUGAUUAUGGAAAAGUCUGUAAAACUAUUUUUUUUUUACAAAAAUUAGACUCCAACUCCAAUAACUGCUCCGGCAGAAGCUGAGGUAUAUCUUAGACGAGAUCAGUAGCGUAGUAGCUCUUAGAAGAAAAGAAGAACCGGUCAGUAAGAGAUAAUAUUCAUCAUAUUGUUAAAGAUCAUGUUCAAAGACAAUUAUGUAGAUUUUUGACAAUAAAUACAGAUGGUUCAAAUAAUCCUGACGACGGGCAUGUGGAAAUUGGUGUAUGCAUAUAAGGGAAUUUAAUGUUAAUAUAUAUAUCACAGGCUGACUGACAACUUGUCCAUAUUUUCAGCAGAAAUAUCUGCAAUCAUGUUUGGCCUUCAGUGGAUAGGCGAGCGGUGCAGUACACUCCGAUACAGCAGGGGGCGGUAUGCACCUUUAAAGUUGGUUUGCGAGCUGCCAAUAAACACGAAGAAGAAGAAGAAAAAAAAAAAAAAAAAAAAAAAGGAAAAAAAGUAGAAGAAGAAGAAGAAGAAGAAGAAGAAGAAGAAGACCCCCAACAACAAUCGGAUUCACCUUCAGAGCAAACUAACCGUGAAUUUUAACUGGCGAACUUUUGUAUUGUGACCACAGACUGUAUAUACAGAUGAUUGGGACGCUACUUGGACCGCAAAAGACGACGUUUCACCGGGACACAAGUACAGACAAGAAGGCAGAUUGAGAAAGGCUCAUCAACUUUCUCUGAGUUCAACUACAGGAGAGAAAAGUGGAAAACUACAACACUGCUGCGUCGACCUGCUGACACUCCACACACUGAAUCUUCACUCAAAGACAAAAUGGCUUCCAGAUCAGAGGAACAACUCUGCUGUCCGGUCUGUCAUGAGGUUUUCAGAGAUCCUGUUGUUCUGUCGUGUAGCCACAGCUUCUGUAAAGACUGUCUGCAGAGGUGGUGGAGACAGAAACAAGCGCGCCAGUGUCCCGUUUGUAAGGCAAUAUCGUCAAAGGCAAAACCACCUGUUAGUCUGGUGUUAAAGAACCUGUGUGAGGCCUUCUUACAGGAGAGAGAUCAGAAAGCUUCAGAGGCUCUCUGCAGUCUGCACGCUGAGAAACUCAAACUCUUCUGUCUGGACCAUCAGCAGCCAGUGUGUCUCGUCUGCAGAGAUUCAGAAAAACACACCGACCACAGAUUCAGACCCGUCGAUGAAGCUGCGCGACAACACAAGAAGGAACUUCAGGAAAUUCUGCAGUUCUUAAAGGAUGACUUACAGAUUUCUGAACAAGUUAAAGAUGAGUUGGAGCAAACCGCAGAACACAUUAAGGUCCAGGCCCGACUCACGGAGAGGCGGAUUAAGGAGCAGUUUAAGAAGCUUCACCAGUUUUUAGAAGAGGAAGAGGAGGCCAGGAUGGCUGCAUUGAGGGAGGAAGAGGAGCAGAAGAGUCAGAUACUGAAGGAGAAGAUGGAGGCUCUGAACAGUGAGAUAGCAGAACUUUCAGGCACAGUCAGAGCCACAGAGGAGCAGCUGAGAGCUGAAGACGUCUCAUUCCUGCUCAACUACAAGGCUGCAGUGGAAAGAGUCCAGCAGCGCCCCCUGUGGGAUGAUCCGCGGCUGGUCUCAGGAGCUCUGAUAGACCAGGCCAAACACCUGGGCAACCUGACCUUCAGCAUCUGGAACAAGAUGAAGGACAUGGUCUCCUACACUCCUGUGAUUCUGGACCCAAACACUGCUAAUGCAGAACUCAUCCUGUCUAAAGAUCUGACGGGUCUGAGAGGAGUAGAGAAGGACGAGCAGGAGGAUGAUGAGGAGGAGGAACAGCAGCAGCAGUUUCCUGACAAUCCAGAGAGGUUUGCUUCUUGCUGGUCUGUCCUGGGCUCUGAGGGCUUCAACUCAGGGACUCACAGCUGGGAUGUCGAGGUUGGAGACAGUACAGACUGGUUACUGGGUGUGUCAGCAGAGUCUGUCGAGAGGAAAACACUCAUGCAGUCUGAAUUCUGGACAAUAGGGUUCGAUGAAGGUAAAUACUCAGCGUGGUCACCAACAGAUCCACCCACUGAUCUCCGAGUGCAGAAGAAUCCUAAGAGGAUCAGAGUGAAUCUGGACUGGAACAGAGGAACGCUGUUGUUCUCUGAUCCUGAUACUAACACACACAUACACACCUUCACACACACUUUCACUGAGAGGAUGUUUCCAUACAUUCACACUGGGGAUGACAUGAAGAUAUCACCACUGCAGGUCUGUGUGACAGUGAAACAGAGCAGUUAGAGAUAAGGAGGAUGAUUACGUUCAUGAUGUUUUUUAUGUCUUAAAGGGAAAAGCCACUCGUUGAACCAGACCGUUCUGUCUGCUGAAAAGCCGAUAAAAAGAUUUCUUUAAUAAAGACUAACUGUGCCAACUUUGAUGACAAACAUUUCCUUUAAUUGGAAGUGGACAUGUUUGAUGUGUGUUAAUUAUUAAUGCCUCCUUCAGUAUUUGAAUACAUUUGUGACAUUUUGCACGUUUCCUGUAUGGGGUCUUAAGAUACGUCAUGUGGAGUUUGUGGUCUGGUCUGAGUAAGUGCACGACGUGUUGACAUGACUCCAAUUGUCUCAUGCUGGAAGCAUUUUAGCAUCAUCUACAGGUGACCUGAAGAAAACACAACAAAAUGUUCUGUUAUGUUUGCUGAGACAUCAACGGUUUCAUUUGAUCUCACGUGACCUGAAACCAGAGAACUGAAACACAAACCUGUGAUGCCAUGAAGACGUGAAAUUAGGAGCUACUGUAAUGAGAGUGCACUGUGAGCGAUGCAGUAGUACAAAUAGAAAGGAAGAAACAUUAAGACGGUUAAAAAUGUCAAUGUUUGGGGUUUUCAUACGGUAAUAAUGUGGAUCAAUAAUGAGGCCUGAGAAUGAACCUUCAUCACAAAAUAUUUUCACAAUACGUGUCAAUUUAAAGAUGCAAUAUUAAAGAAUGUGAAGCAA